AUGAAGAAGGCAGUGGAUGUAAUAUUUCUGGACUCUGAUGUAAGACAUCUGGUCGCUAUAUCAGAAACAUUCCUUGGACGCUUUAUUGAUACUGUGGGUGAUGCGCUGUUGCUGGAACUUGUAAAUGGGCCACACCGCUGUGCUGGUCGUGUUGAAAUCCUUCACUUUGGACGCUGGGUAAAAGUUUGUGGUGAUUUGUGGGACAUGAACGAUGCACGAGUUGUGUGCCGGCAGCUGGGCUGUGCAAGCACUCUGUUUCCUCCAGUGGGAACCACACCAAGUGGGCUGGCAUUGAGACUGGUGAAUUCAUAUAGCAGAUGUGAAGGUCGUGUUGAAGUCUAUUACGCAGGAUCCUGGGGGACAGUGUGUGAUGAUUCUUGGGAUCUCAAUGACGCAAAUGUUGUGUGCCGGCAGCUUGGCUGUGGAUAUGGUGUUGCAGCAAAGACCAAUGCCUAUUAUGGUCAAGGCUCAGGAAAAAUUGUUCUGGAUGACGUGAGUUGCAGAGGAUGGGAAUACAGUCUAUGGGACUGCCCUCAUUCAGGAUGGCUCUCUCAUAACUGUGGUCACUCUGAAGAUGCGGGUGUCAUCUGCUCAGCUGCUGCUGGAUAUCCAACUUCUCCAUCAACGGGUAACUCAUCACAUAAUAAUUUCCUUGCAUCUGUUUUAGGGCUGGCAUUGAGACUGGUGAAUUCAUUUAGCAGAUGUGAAGGUCGUGUUGAAGUCUAUUACGCAGGAUCCUGGGGGACAGUGUGUGAUGAUUCUUGGGAUCUCAAUGACGCAAAUGUUGUGUGCCGGCAGCUUGGAUGUGGAUAUGGUGUUGCAGCAAAGACCAAUGCCUAUUAUGGUCAAGGCUCAGGAAAAAUUGUUCUGGAUGACGUGAGUUGCAGAGGAUGGGAAUACAGUCUAUGGGACUGCCCUCAUUCAGGAUGGCUCUCUCAUAACUGUGGUCACUCUGAAGAUGCGGGUGUCAUCUGCUCAGCAGCUGCUGGAUAUACAACAUCUCCAUCAACAGGAACAUCAGGAUCCACUCCAUCGUGGCCCUGGUACACAACAACUCGAAGGCCGGGAUACACUCCAUCAUGGCCCUGGUACACAACCACUGGGCUGGCAUUGAGACUGGUGAAUUCAUAUAGCAGAUGUGAAGGUCGUGUUGAAGUCUAUUACGCAGGAUCCUGGGGGACAGUGUGUGAUGAUUCUUGGGAUCUCAAUGACGCAAAUGUUGUGUGCCGGCAGCUUGGAUGUGGAUAUGGUGUUGCAGCAAAGACAAAUGCCUAUUACGGUCAAGGCUCAGGAAAAAUUGUUCUGGAUGACGUGAGUUGCAGAGGAUGGGAAUACAGUCUAUGGGACUGUCCUCAUUCAGGAUGGCUCUCUCAUAACUGUGGUCAUUCUGAAGAUGCGGGUGUCAUCUGCUCAGGACCCAGUCCCAGGCAGAAACUGGUGAAUGGCCGGAACAGAUGUGAGGGCCGUGUAGAAAUUUAUGCCAAUGGAACCUGGGGGACAGUCUGUGAUGAUUUUUGGGACAUAAACGAUGCUCAAGUUGUAUGCAGGCAGCUUGGAUGUGGAUGGGCCAUUUCUGCACCAGGAAGUGCCCAAUUUGGUCAAGGCAGAGGAAAUAUUUUCCUGGAUGAUGUGCAGUGCAGAGGAGAUGAACACUUGGUCUGGCAAUGUCAGCACAGAGGGUGGGGCAUACAUAACUGUGGCCACAGUGAAGAUGCCAGUGUCAUUUGUUCAGAUUUUUUUUGGCUGGCAUUGAGACUGGUGAAUUCAUCUAGCAGAUGUGAAGGUCGUGUUGAAAUUUAUUACCAAGGAUCGUGGGGAACAGUCUGUGAUGAUUCCUGGGAUAUCUAUGAUGCAGAUGUUGUGUGCAGGCAGCUUGGCUGUGGACAUGGUGUUGCAGCGAAGACCAGUGCCUGUUAUGGUCAAGGCUCAGGAAAUAUUGUCCUGGAUGAUGUGGGUUGCAGAGGAUCGGAAUACCGUCUAUGGGACUGUCCUCAUUCAGGAUGGCUCUCUCAUAACUGUGCUCAUUCAGAAGAUGCCGGUGUCAUCUGUUCAGAUGCACUAACACAUGUUUCUACUACUAUUCCAACAUGGCUGCCUUCAACAGCAAAAUAUACUUGUGGUGGUGUCCUUCAGUAUUCAUCGGGGACAUUUCAAAGCCCGUUUUAUCCUGGGAAUUAUCCAAACAAUGCAGAUUGUGUGUGGGAAAUAGAAGCAGUGAGCAAUUACCGUGUGACACUUUCAUUUAGCGAUAUAGCGACAGAAGGUGGUUCAUGCCUGUAUGAUUAUAUUGAGAUCUAUGAUGGGCCACUCUACACCUCUCCUUUACUGGGGAAAAUUUGUUAUCGUUCCUAUCUCACAUAUACAUCGUCCUCAAACUUGAUGACAGUUCGAUUUCACAGUGACUCAAGUGGCACAAACAGAGGGUUCCGUGCUGCCUAUUACACCAUUCCAGCAGAUCAGAAUACUACUCUUCUGUGCUUGCCAGAAUACAUGCAUGCAGUUGUUAACAGAGCCUAUCUCCGCUCACAUGGCUACAAUGCAUGGGAUGUCAGCUUGAAUGACCCUUAUUGUAGACCAAACAUUACAUCAAACUAUGUUAUAUUCAACAUACCAUACAAUCGCUGUGGCACAAGACGAGAGGGAAACAACAACACUAUCAUCUAUUCCAACUUGAUCAAAGCAAUCUCUUCUGGUUACAUAAUCAAAAGGCAAAAAGAUCUUCACUUGCAUAUCAAUUGCAAAAUGCUCCAAAAUAGAUGGAUUGAAAUAAUGUAUGUGGCUGAGGAUGUUACUGAAGUCAAUGAAACUCAGUACAGCAGAUACAACGUGACCAUUUCAUUUUAUACAUCACCAUCCUUCUUAAGACCAGUGUAUGACUCUCCAUACUACAUUGACUUGAACCAGAAUUUAUUCCUUCAAGCUUCAAUUCACAGCUCUGACCCAAAUCUGGUGUUGUUUUUGGACACGUGUGUUGCAUCACCUGAUUCCAAUGAUUUUACAACAGUAACCUAUGACAUUAUCAGGAGUGGGUGUGUUAGAGAUCCUACCUACGGUACAUACUAUUCACCCUACAGCUCCACCAUACGCUUCAAAUUUAAUGCCUUCAAGUUUAUUAACAAACAUACAUCAGUUUACCUGCAGUUUAAAAUGGUGGUGUGCAGGGUAUAUGAUUAUUCUUCCCGAUGCUACCAGGGCUGCACACCCAGGUCCAAGAGAGAUACAAGCUCUUACCAAGAAGAAGUGGAUGUUGUUGUUGGGCCUAUUCAGCUUCGGAAAGAUGGCACUAAGAACAGGAAUGCUGAGCUGGACUAUUCUGAACAUCAGGAAGAUGUGGAUUCCCGUGGUUCACUUACUGCUACUGACGAUCAUUCCCAGGCUCCAUUUAUUGUUACGGGUGUGGUGUUUGCAGCUGUUAUUUUCACUCUUGUUGGGUUUAUUUUGAAAAAUAAACUGAAGAGACCGAUUCCAUAUGAGAUAAUGUGAGACACUAAAGACACCAGCAUCAGGGCAUUUAUGUAAUGAUUCAAUUUUUAGCAUUUGCACUAAAUAACUUUUAUAUGACAAAUCAUGCUUUAAAGAGAAAGUAUGAAAACCUUACUGCAAUGAGACUACAAUCUGAGUUCUGGUAAAUUCAGGCUAGAGGUGGGCCUGAGGUUAAAACCCCACCUCCACAUAACAUGAGAAGCUAGGAGAAGUUUGAAUCCAGAUCCCAACUCUCUGACUUGCAGCCAUUUCCAUGGACUUGAACCCCAGCCCCAUAUCUGGCCCACCAGCUCCCUCCCCCUCAAUCUAGAACCAGAUUUUGCAGCUCAGGACUAUCUCUAGUCUAGAUAGGCUAAAAACUGAGUUCAAUUCCUGUUCCACCACAAACAUCUUGUGUGAUCAUGGGUGAGUCACAGUCUCUCUGGGCCUCAGUUACCCAUCUGUAAAAUGGAGAUAACAGCACUUUCCUACAUCACAGGAUAUUACAGGGAAUGGGGCCAUACAAGUACUUAAGAUAGAUGGAGAGUACUUUGUUUUGACAACUUUAUACAUAAUAAAGGGCAAUCUGACAUUUUUAUGUUUACCUUUUAUGCCUACCUAGGACAUUUCAGUCUCUUCUGAUCAAGAUAUUUAGAUUCUUAUGCAUGUUUUCUUCCUCAUAAUCCUCCUCUCAAGACCAGUGCUUCUAACAUCUCAAAUAGUCUGAUGUGGAAAUUAUGGUGAGGAGUCAAAUGUAAUAGAUUGUGCAAAUUUGCAGGAUGGGAUGGUUUCUAGUCUAAAUGAAUCUCUUAUGUAAACGCAACAAUUUAAAAUCAGAAACGUGUUUACAAAGCGAUAUUUCUAUUUGUGUACUUGCAAAUAUAAUGUCUCUGCAUCUCCAAAUUACCGCUUUGCAAUAUGAAGA